CUUCUGCCUCCUCUCACUCAUCCUCGCUCGGAAGCUGUGGAUUCAAGAUGGAAAAUACAGCUCUGUGUGGGAAGGUUAUGACGGAUGAUCAGAUAGAGACAUUGAGGCGGCAAAUCGCCGCCUAUUCCACCAUCUGCGAGCAGCUCGCGGAGAUGCACAGGGAAACCACGCUGCGCCAGGAAUCCUUCACAGGAAUGGGAAUGACUUCUUUGUACUCGGACUCUGCAAUGGCAUGUGGAAGCUCCAAGAUCUCUGCGAGGCAGCGCUGGACGCCGACGCCGAUGCAGCUUCAGAUUCUGGAGAGCAUCUUUUACCAAGGGAGCGGCACUCCGAACAAGCAGGGGAUCAAGGACAUCACCGCCAAGCUCGCCGAGCACGGCCAGAUUUCUGAGACAAACGUCUACAACUGGUUCCAGAACCGAAGGGCUCGGUCUAAGAGAAAGCAGGCGAAUCCAACACAAAACAAUGCGGAAUCCGAAGAGGCCGAGUGCCUCAAUGCCAAGAGAGCCAGGACUGAGAAACUGGUUCCCCAGAGCAGUAAUCUAUCCCCUGUAAGCGAUGAUCACCUGUUUCAGGAUGUCAGCUCCGAGUUGCGAUUCGUCGAUCAGGAUCACGGUGGAAGCCGAGCUGUGUAUUCGUUCAUCGAUGCUUCGAAGGUUGCCAAUGGUUCCGGGGGCAUGGCUGUCUUUGGCAAUUCUUGGUCGAAUCCAAGCUGGUGAAUAUGUCGUAAAUCUGUUGAUAGAAGCUGAAGGAACACAAGAUCGCUGGUCCAUUUAUGAAGUUUCUUUGUGAAUUUUCAAAAGGUAAUAGAAUUCCUUUUGUUUGUUCUUCUUCUUCAUGGUUCUAAUUUGAAACAGUUUUAACUUUUUUUAUUAUUUCUUUUUCGUUUUGUUCAAAGAGGGGAUACGAAAUACUAGUGUGUGGUUGUUUUAAGUGGGUUUGUUCAUGUUGAUGUGAAGCAUGUAAUCAUUAUUUGUGGCACUGAUUGUUGAUCAGUUUCGAGUUAUGGUGCCAUUGUUAGGUUAAAAUAAUUGACUGUGUUCAUAUAAUCACCUUGUCAUUCAUACAUCAAUAUAAACUAAAAAUUAAUCCCAUGAGAAAGUUAACCAAAAUG